AUGCCAGGAGAUGUGAUAGUUGGAGGAAUGUUUCCGAUUCAUUACAGAGUCGUGUCCUCAAAUUCAUCGUCCAGCACAUCGCCGCAGUCUUCGGGAUGUGAGGGAUUCAAUUUCAGAGCUUUCCGUUGGGCCAGAACAAUGAUCCAUGCGAUUAAUGAAAUCAAUCAGAAUGAUUCAAUUCUACCAGAUAUACUGCUUGGGUACACAAUCUAUGACUCUUGUUUUACCAUUUCCAAAGCUGUUGAAGGAACAUUGACUUACCUGACUGGGCAAGAUGAAGCUGUACCCAACUACCGGUGUGGCAGUGGAGCUCCUUUGGCGGUGCUCAUUGGAUCUGGUGGAUCAGCUCUCUCUAUUGCAACUGCCAGAAUCCUAGGACUGUAUUACUUUCCUCAGGUGGAUUACUCAGCCUCUUGCUCAGUCCUCAGUGAUAAAUUUCAGUUUCCAUCCUUUAUCCGAACCAUACCAAGUGAUAUUUUUCAGUCUAGAGCAAUGGCAAAACUUGUCGUACACUUUGGAUGGACAUGGGUGGGCACAAUUGCAUCGGAUGAUGACUAUGGGAAAUAUGGAAUUAAAAACUUCAAAGAAGAGGUAGAAAAGGUUGGAGUAUGCAUCUCUUUUUCUGAGACUAUCCCCAAAGUUUAUGCAAGAGAGAAAAUAGUUCGAAUCGUGGACACAAUUGAGCAAUCAACUGCCCAAAUCAUUGCAGUCUUCUCUGCUGAUAUUGACCUGAGCUAUUUAAUGGAAGAAGUCAUGCAACGCAAUAUUUCUGGCAGAACAUGGAUAGCAAGUGAGGCUUGGAUUAACUCUGCACUGAUUUCCAAACCAGAGUAUUCCUCACUUUUAGGUGGAACUAUUGGAUUGGCAAUUCAACGAGCUGAUAUCCGUGGUCUACACAAUCAUCUCAUUCAAUUAGAUCCAAGAAAUUCUGGAGAAAAACUGAUAACUGAGUUCUGGGAGAGAGCCUUUGAUUGCAUGUGGCCAGAGCAUGGUGUGGCUAGGUUUUGUACAGGAAAGGAGGAUUUUGAUGAAAUCGACAAUACAUAUACUGAUAUAUCCCAACUGAGGCUGACGUACAGCGUGUACAAAUCUGUAUACACUGUGGCAAAUGCAUUGCACAAUAUGCACACCUGUAAGACAGGAGAGGGUCCAUUUGUUAAUGGAUCAUGUGCAAACAUCACAAAUUUUCAGCCAUGGCAGCUUAUGUAUUACCUGAAAAAUGUUCGGUUUAAGAGCCUUCUAGGGGAAGAAAUAUAUUUUGAUGUAAAUGGAGAUAUCGAUGCAAUGUAUGAUAUUAUGAACUGGCAGAGAACCUCCGAUGGGUAUAUCUCUUUUAAGGUAAUAGGCAGUUACAACGGGACCGCACCCCCAGGACAAGAGAUGACCAUCCAUAAUGAUUCUAUAAUUUGGAAUGAUGACCAGGUUACGCCUCCAUUUUCUGUAUGUAGUAAGAGCUGUCAGCCUGGCACCAGAAAGGGAAUUCGGCAAGGAGAACCUGUUUGCUGCUUUGACUGCAUUCUGUGUGCUGAUGGCGAGAUAACUAAUGAGACAGAUUCGAGGGAAUGUAUUCAGUGCCCUGAAGAUUACUGGUCCAAUGAAAACAGAGAUGAAUGUGUGCAUAAAGUGAUUGAAUACCUUGGUUAUAAUGAUGCCUUGGGAAUGACAUUAAUAGCACUAUCGAUAUUUGGGGCCUGCACUGCUGCAGCCAUUGCUGUGGUUUACAUGGUUCGAAAGAAUACUGCCCUUGUCAAAGCUAAUAAUCGUGGACUGAGCUUUAUGCUGUUAUUUUCACUAGUUAUAUGCUUUCUCAGUGCAAUCAUCUUUGUUGGCUUGCCAGUAGCAUGGUCUUGUAUGACACGACAGGUUCUUCUUGCUGUUAGCUUCGCUACCUGCCUUUCAUGUAUGUUAUCAAAGGCUGUUAAUCUGAUGCUCAAAGCCAAAGCAACCAAAGCAAAAUCACCUGAAGGCACAGAAACUAAACUUUUAGGCCCUUUUCAGCAAAGAAUUAUUGCAUUGAUCCUUGUCUUAUGCCAUGCUUGUCUCUGUACAGCUUGGUUACUAAUUCUCCCUCCUUACCCUAUCAAGAAUACACAGUCUCAAAAUAUCAAAAUAAUUAUGGAAUGCAAUGAAGGCUCUGUAGUGUUCCUGUGUUGUGUGUUAGGAUAUGAUGCAUUACUGGCUGCUAUUUGCUUUGUUUUUGCUUUCAUUGCUCGGAAAUUACCUGAUAACUUUAAUGAAGCCAAGUUUAUGACCUUUGCCCUGCUUGUCUUUUUUAUUGUUUGGAUUUCUUUUAUCCCAGCCUAUUUAAGCACUCGGGGUAAAUAUAUGGUAGCUGUUGAAAUGUUUGCCAUUUUGGCAUCCAGCUUUGGCUUGCUGGCUUGUCUUUUUGUUCCUAAAUGUUAUAUUAUCUUAUUGAAGCCAGAAAGGAACACAGAGGAAUUAGUUAAGGGCAAAACUGUUACAAAUGAUAAGAGUGCACCACCAACUUCACAGUCACUGACGAACUCAGCUAUAAGCACUGCCUGUUCAACAAUUACACUCAGUUAA